AUGUGCAUCGCUUUCGGCUACAACCUCUACAAAAAAUCCCAGGCCAAGAAAGCCGCGGCCGGCAACCCGAACGAAAAGGACUACGCGCCCAAACCCCAUCCCGUCAACGCGGGCCCUCCUCAAACUAAUUAUCCACCACCGGCGAACGGGCAGCCGCCCAGAGCCCCUUACAAUCCGGACCAAAGCCUUUAG